AUGCUUCCUUCCCCUUUCUUCUUUGAGCUUCCUUUUGAUUCUAACUUCCAUCUUCUUUUGAUAUAUCAGCAUUUGAUAAAGUUGGAGAAGGUGAAGACUAAGCUUGAAUCUCAAAAUGGAUGUGAGCCAACAAUAGCUGAAUGGGCUGAAGCUUUGGGGCUAAGUGGACCUGUCUUGAAAUCUGAAAUCCACUGUGGCAGAAGCAGCAGUGAGAAGCUGAUCACUGCAAACUUGCGUCUGGUAGUUCAUAUAGCUAAACAAUAUCAGAAUCGUGGACUCAACUUUCAGAACUUAUUUCAGGUUAGCUCUCAAACAAACACAUUGCUACCGUCCAAGCAAAGAAGAACUCACAAGCCACGUUGGUGUCUCAACAGAGAAGCUUGA